AAAAUUUUCAUGACAAUUUUUCAAAUAAAUUGAAAUUCUGAAGAGAAAUUCUUCCCAACUCUCUAAAAAUCACAAAUCGAAUAACAACUCUAACUCAAUUCAGCGGCGGCGACUCGCGCGGACAGUCACCUCAAUUGACACCGGCUUCGAACGAGAGAUGCAGCCCACCAGACAUCGCCCCGAUUCGUCUCGACCAGUUGAGGUGUGCUGUGCUGCGCUGCGCUCGUCCAAGACCCAGUGACCUUUCCCUGAUGGGGGGUCUUCUCUGACUACAAAUUUAACUCAAUUAGUGCACGUAUCAGCAGCAGCUGUGGGUAAUUGCUUCUCGAUUCGGAGAUUCGGAUGAUUGACCACCGCUGAGGUGGCUCGAACCGUCGUUUUAGUUCUGUUUCAGACGUCGGGAGGUUCGGGACUCUCUAAUUUUUCGCGUAUUUUCCCUCAAGAAGAAAAGAUUGCCUUUGUAGCUAAAAGCACACGGUGAAGAGAGCAAGUGAAAUCUAGUUAUUCUUCGGCAUUCGGAUGCGGAACGUAUCGCGAAGGGCUAAAGUGAUUGGAUAAUCAAAAGAGUAGUAAUUAUGAUCGCGAAAGGACGGCUCCUUCCAGUGGCACUGCUAUUUUUCGCAAUGCCACUGCUGGAGUCCUCGUCGGUAGAAGAUGUAGCAGAAGAACAGAAGCAACUCGUAGUGGAUCCGGAGUAUACGGAUGAUGAGCAACGUAACUGCCACAACGUGGACAUUCGAAACAAUCUGGCACGGUUGGCACUGAUCAAGAACUGCACCGUCAUCACCGGCUUUCUGCAGCUGGUGCUGAUCGAGCGAGUUCCGCAGGAGGAUUUUGCCGAGUACAGGUUCGACAAGCUAAGGGAGGUAACCGGAUUUAUCCUCUUUUUCCGCGUCUUCAACCUGGUCACGCUGCGCGACAUGUUCCCAAACUUGAUGAUGAUACGGGGACAAAAACUGAUCGGCAACUACGCGCUGAUAUUCUACGAUCUGCGAGAUUUUCACGAGAUCGGUCUCAAGAAUCUGUACUCCAUCCAGCGGGGCUUCGUCUACAGCCAGUGGUGCCCGAAUCUUUGCUACACCGACAAGAUUGACUGGGCCAGCAUCACGCAAAGUGUGAACAAGACGAGCCGCGAUCUGAACAUGUUCCAGAAGAACAGCGCGACGUGCAACAAGACGGAAUGUCCCGGGUGUGAGAAGCCGUUCUGCUGGACGAAUCUAAGCUGCCAGAAGUUCCACACGGGGUAUAGCUACAAAGCAGGAAAGUUACCCAAGUACAAGUGCCACGAGCUGUGUCUGGGUGGUUGCUACAACGGCACAGCCGAAGGGUGUUACGUGUGUCGAGGGCCAAAAGAAGGCAGGCGCUGCGUGGAAAAGUGUUCGCCGGACAAAGUGCUGUUCCACUACAGUCUACGGUGCAUCAGCAAGCAAAAGUGCAUCAACCGGGGUGGAUUGGUCUUCCGCGGGGAAUGUUUGGAUGAAUGUCCAGCGGGGUAUAGCCCGGACAACGUGGAACAGGUGGAUGCGGAUUUCUCUAACCACACGUGCUAUCCGUGCCACAAUCGAUGUCCAAAGAUUUGCGAGGGAAUGCAGGUUAUGUAUCUAUCGGAUGCCGUUCAGCUGGCUGGAUGUACAAUCAUCAACGGUACGCUGCAGAUCCGGCUGCUCGAUGAUCAUCCGAAUGUGUUGGAGGAACUGAGGGAGAACCUCGGUGGGAUUGAGGAAAUUAUGGGAUACUUGAAGGUGUAUCGUUCAAACACGUUGUCUUCGUUGGAUUUUCUCGAAAACCUGGCCGUUAUUCACGGCUUACACCUUGGUAAUGACAAUUAUUCUUUGAUGGUGUAUGAGAAUGCGAAUCUUCAAAAGCUGUGGAACUUUGAGUUCAAGUCUUCGCUAAGAUUGUUGGCGGGAAGCAUGUAUUUUGUGUAUAAUCCACUGCUUUGCUACUCCCAAGUCCGGCUUCUCCAAGGUAUUACGAUGUACAAUAGUACAAACGAUUUGAUCGAUCGUAACACGUUAGGCUUCAUGCAGUCCUGCAACGUGGUUCCACUUGUGAUACGGUUUGCAGUUUUAAGCAGUAGAAACGUUACCAUCUCUUGGACCAAAUAUCGUCCUCAACAAAAGCAACAGUUGGUGGGAUUCAUAAUUUACUUCACAGCCACGGAGUUCAAACGAUCCCCGCACGAUGGCCGUGACAUUUGUUCCGAGUACAGCUGGCAAUCGAAGCUGGUUCUUAUGAAGGAAAUCGUCUCGGAAGGUGCCUAUUACAGCUACAAUCUAACCGGGCUCAAACCAAGCACCCGCUAUGCGUACUACGUAAAGACCUAUAUUUCCGACGACAGUCCAACGAACACGACCACCACGGACAUGCGGAUCGGCCAAUCCGAUGUGAAGUAUUUCGUCACCAAAAUCGAUCGCCCAACCCAACCUCUAACGGUUUACACGGUCCGCAAAACCGAUCACUCGAUAACGUUUUCGUGGAAAAUCCUGACGUCCGAAGUUCGGCUCGUGAAACGCUUCAUGGUGGACGUCUUCAUUCAGCCGGACGAGCGUGCUCUCCUUGAUCAACGCAACUAUUGCGUACAUCCGCAUGACUUUGAGAAUGACGAAUCUGACGGUGACGUGUUCAAAACUUUAUCGGAAACUUGCACGGCCGAGCAGUGCUGCACCGGGAACGACUUCAUGUCCAAUGUCCCGGAUAUGUCCAGAAAAAAGCGCUCAACCACAGCAAAUCAACCUUCCUUCUUCCAAGACGAGUUUCAGCAGAAGAUGUACAGCUUUCUGGAAGGACCUUACUCCCAAAACCCUGUCGUAACCCCCCACCGCGCCAAGCGUGACUCCGAGCUGGUCAACCGUGUCCACAACCACAGCUUCGACGCCACUCUCGGCGAGUUCACCGUAUCCAACCUGCUUCCCUACACGUACUACACGUUUCAGCUGUUUGCCUGCAGCGCAGAUGAGCUUGAGUUCUGCAGCGCCUACAGCAUUUACUCGGAUCGUACGGCGCCGUCCCCCGUCGUGGGCACCCUAACCCUAACGGUCAUCAAACAACCCGAAGGAUCAUCAAACAUCGUGCUAACCUUCACCGAACCGAUCCUUGUUAACGGAGCCGUCGUAGCGUACAACAUCGAACUUAAAUCCAUAGCCCAAGCGGUUUCCGUUGAACGUCGCGAGUGCAUUACUCGGUUACAGCACGAACAAGUUGGAGGCCGGUACGUGUUUGGUAAUUUAACCGCCGGGGAGUACAUGGUCCGGGUGCGGGUCAUUUCGUUGGCCGGACCGGCUCCGUUCAGUGAUUGGUACUUUGCUGAGGUGGUGUGGCGCGAACCACCGAAGGAGGAUAACUCGGUGCGGAAUGGGUUGAUAACGUUCGGGGUGCUGCUGGGGCUGAGUGUGGUGUUGAUUGGGUUGUACGCGGCGUAUCACAGGUUCAAGACCCACCACGACGAUAAGGCUCCGCUGGUGGAGGACGAUGGGAAUGCGCUUGUGGAUGAGGACGGGUUUGUUGAUUGUGCGUUGAGAUAGGAGGGUUGUUACAUGUUAUUCGUGUUUGGGUAUGGAUAUCAAUGCAUGGGAAAUUACUUCGAAAAUAAUAAGAACUCCAAAUUUCUAUAGAUUUGGGAGCUUUAUCUGGUGAUUUUUGACUUUGUAUAGGAUUUGAAGAUACA